GCGCCACAUCGUGAAGCGAAGCACGUUGAGACCACGUGGUGUCCUGUUGUAGGCGAAGGAAGGCAAUGGCUUCCAGGGUUCUGUCCCGACGACCUUGGGUGAUUAAUUCCGCUCGACACUUGCAGUCAGGCUGUGGGAGCGCGACGAGGCGACACGACGGACUACUUUUUGCUCUCCGAAGCAUGUCUGGCUACCUCAUCGAAGAACCCAAGUAUUCCUUCCUGAAAGAAUUAGGGAUCCAAAAAUCCAACCUUGGAGUGUUCAAUGGCAAAUGGACUGGAUCAGGAGAGGUGACAACUUCAAUCUGCCCUGCAAAUAACAGGCCCAUAGCAGAUGUGAAGCAGGGUUCUGUCGCAGAUUACAAUGCAACUGUAGAGGAAGUCAGACAUGCAUGGGAGAUUUGGGCUGAUCUCCCAGCACCUCAACGUGGGGAGAUCGUCCGUCAGAUUGGUGAUGCACUCAGGGAGAAGAAAAUGGCUCUGGGAAAGCUUGUCUCUCUUGAAAUGGGAAAGAUCCUUCCAGAGGGUAUAGGAGAGGUCCAGGAAUACAUAGAUGUAUGUGACUAUGCUGUUGGCCUGUCUCGCAUGUUCGAUGGGAAGGUUUUCCCUUCUGAGAGGCCAGGUCAUGCUCUCAUAGAGAUGUGGAAUCCCCUUGGUGUCAUUGGAAUCAUCACCGCCUUUAAUUUCCCUGCUGCUGUCUUUGGAUGGAACAAUGCCAUUGCAUUAGUGUGUGGAGAUGCAAUGAUUUGGAAGGGGGCACCAACCACUCCACUGACCUCUGUUGCAGUCACCAAGAUAGUGUCAUCUGUUUUUGAGGCUAACAAGCUUCCAGCUGCCAUCUGCAGCAUGGUGACUGGUGGAUCAGAAAUUGGAGAGGCAAUUGCCAAGGAUGAUCGACUCCCUCUUGUCUCUUUCACUGGGAGCACUGCUGUAGGCAAAAAGGUGGCUCUGGCAGUAACAGAGAGAUUUGGGAAGACACUCCUGGAACUAGGAGGGAACAAUGCCAUUAUAGUUGACCAAGAUGCUAACCUAGACAUGGUGGUGCGUGCAGCCAUCUUUGCCUGUGCUGGCACAGCUGGACAGCGAUGUACAACGACCAGAAGGCUUAUUCUUCAUGAAAAGGUUCAUGAUGAAGUAGUACAACGCCUAAAGGCAGCUUACCAGCAGUUGAUGAGCAGGAUUGGGGAUCCAUUGAAUGAAGAUGUGCUGCUUGGACCUUUGCACACUAAACCAGGAGUGCAAAUGUAUUUGGCAGCUAUUCAGGAGGCUAAGACAUCUGGUGGAACUAUUGAGUGUGGUGGGAAGGUGGUGCCAGGGAAGGAGGGGAAUUUUGUUGAGCCAACCAUCAUAACAGGUCUAAGUCACAAUUCCCCUCUGGUGCUGCGAGAAACAUUUGCUCCAAUUGUGUAUGCACUUAAGUGCAAGAACAUGGAUGAGGGAAUCUGCUGGAACAAUGAGGUCCAACAGGGCCUUUCCUCCAGUCUUUUCACCCAGAGCAUUGGAAAUCUUUUCAAGUGGAUUGGUCCAAAGGGAUCAGAUUGUGGGAUCGUGAAUGUCAACAUUCCAACAAGUGGAGCUGAGAUCGGUGGUGCUUUUGGAGGAGAGAAACACACAGGUGGAGGUCGAGAGAGUGGAUCAGACUCCUGGAAACAGUACAUGCGUCGUUCAACCUGCACCAUCAACUACAGCAAGGAACUGCCCUUGGCUCAAGGAAUCAAAUUUGAGUAACACUACAGAAUCACAAAAAUAUGAAACUCAUCUACUACUGAAACUUUGUGCAAUAUGAGUGAUAGUGUCUGGUUUUUCAUUUCUGCCAUAUUCCCUUUUGUUCUAUGAUGUGCUUGAGAAUUCUUAUUAAAUAAAAAGACUUUUUAAGGCCUUAAACA